AUGAUGGCUCCUCUGAAUAGCACAACAGCAGUCUCUGCUUCGAACACAUGUAGCAACAAUUCUAAUUCGAAUACACUCGAUACAGCAAACAUUCGAUGGACCUCCAAGGAAAAUCUGCUGGCACAAGUCGAAGAGGAUGAUCCACAACUCUUUGUAGCUUUAUAUGAUUUUCAAGCUGGUGGAGAGAAUCAAUUGAGUUUAAAGAAAGGGGAGCAAGUCCGUAUACUGAGUUAUAACAAAUCAGGCGAAUGGUGUGAGGCUCACUCGAGUGCUGGAUUAGUUGGAUGGGUCCCGAGUAAUUAUGUGACACCUGUGAAUUCUUUAGAGAAACACUCGUGGUACCAUGGACCCAUUGCUAGGAAUGCUGCUGAAUAUUUGCUUAGCAGUGGAAUCAAUGGAAGCUUUCUGGUUCGUGAAUCUGAAAGCAGUCCAGGCCAACGUUCCAUAUCUCUUCGAUACGAAGGCAGAGUGUACCAUUACAGAAUCAACGAAGACCCCACCGAUUGUAAAGUCUACGUAACCGUCGAUUCUAAAUUCAACACUUUGGCAGAACUGGUGCAUCAUCAUUCAGUUUUGGCUGAUGGUCUCAUAACCCAAUUGUUGUAUCCUGCACCUAAACAUGAUAAACCUACAGUUUUUCCAUUGAGCCCUGAGCCUGAUGAAUGGGAGAUUAAUAGGACAGCUAUUGUAAUGAAACAUAAACUUGGAGGAGGACAGUAUGGGGAUGUUUAUGAAGCUGUUUGGAAAAGAUACACAAUGACAGUUGCUGUGAAGACUUUAAAAGAAGAUACGAUGGCUCUAAAAGACUUUUUAGAAGAAGCAUCGAUAAUGAAAGAAAUGAAGCACCCAAAUCUAGUGCAACUGAUUGGUGUGUGCACCAGAGAACCACCUUUUUAUAUUAUAACCGAAUUCAUGAGUCGAGGAAACUUACUCGAUUAUCUACGAAAUGGAAAUAAGGAACAAAUUAAUGCAGUCGUGUUGAUGUAUAUUGCAACACAGAUUGCUAGUGGAAUGAGUUACUUGGAGAGCAGGAGCUUCAUCCACAGGGAUUUGGCGGCCCGCAAUUGUCUAGUAGGCGAAAACCAUUUAGUAAAAGUAGCAGAUUUUGGUUUAGCUCGUCUCAUGAGAGACGAUACAUACACAGCACAUGCUGGUGCCAAGUUCCCCAUAAAGUGGACAGCACCCGAAGGCUUAGCUUAUAAUAAAUUUUCUACGAAAAGUGAUGUGUGGGCCUUCGGGGUGCUCCUGUGGGAAAUUGCUACUUACGGAAUGUCGCCGUAUCCAGGGGUCGACUUGACGGAUGUUUAUCAUAUGUUGGAAAAGGGCUACCGAAUGGAAUGUCCCCCAGGAUGUCCUCCAAAGAUCUACGAACUAAUGCGAGCUUGUUGGCAAUGGAACACGCACGACAGACCUAGUUUUGAAGGCAUCCAUCAUGCUCUUGAGCAUAUGUUCCAGGAAUCGAGUGUCACUGAGGAAGUUGAAAAACAAUUACAGGGUACAGCAAUGAAUAAUGUCAGUUCGACUCAACCUCAAGGCACAAAUCUUUCUGUUGAACGAGGAAAUUUAAACCGGGAGUCAAAGAGGUCUUUGGCAGGCAGCGUUGGUAAUAUUCAUGGCUUGGUCAAUGAACAAGAAAUGGGUAAUAUGACCAAACUCUCGACGUUCACUGGUAGUAAACCAGGUGGUAUUGUCCAGCUACGAAGGCCUACGAAUAAGAAAGGAAAGCAGGCACCUGCACCGCCGAAACGCACAAGUCUUUUAUCUUCGUGUAGUUCCUUCCGGGACUCAACUUAUGCAACAGAUAUGACCACAAAUGAAAGCAGCAAUAACGCACAUGCUGUUGCAGGAAACCAGCAGACGCAGCAGGAGGAAACUUUACAGGAAUAUAAUGGUGAUUUCCAAGAGCAGACACCUGAUACAGAUGACUCAGGAGCUCAUUCAUAUCCACCUCCGCACCAGCAUUCUGGUUUAGGAAAUUCUAAUGUCUCGUUUAAGAGAUCAAACCAUGGAACAAGUUCUCAGCACAAUCGAAAUGCUGCAAGUACGAAGAAAGGAUCUUAUUCCAGUAAAGACACCAUGGACCAUGGAAAGGUGGUUCAGAUUGCGGCUCUAGAGGUCCAAAACGUAAAACGAGCCAUCAACCGUUACGGCACGCUCCCAAAAGGCGCCCGCAUAGGAGCCUAUCUCGAAUCUCUUCGCCAAAGUGGACUCUCAUCCAACGACCCUUCGUCUACUGACACCACAGAGUCUCAGAACCAAGACAACGGACCCAAAAGUGUCUUCUGAAGAUUGCAAACUGUCUCCUAGAGCAAGUCUCAAACAUCAGCACCAACAUCAACCACAGAUGAUCAGGAGCAACUCUUCAAGU